GAAUCUAGAAAACAGUUUCUUUUGCUUCCCUGUACCCCAAGCAUUAUGUGCAAUGCAGGACUCCUAACAAGACAAACACACAGAGCACAGCCCUCUGUCUUCUCUUGCCGUUUCUGCAGUUCGGGAGCACAGUCCGGAAGUCUGACUCAUGUCGACCGGACCGGCAGUGCGAAAAUGGUCGACGUGGGUUCGAAGCCGGUGACAGAACGGACUGCUACAGCACGAGCAAAGGUUUUUGUGGGACCCAAACUGAUGAAACUCGUACGAGAAAAUGGCCUGAAGAAAGGUGACGUACUUAGCGUUGCUCGCCUGGCGGGAAUUGUGGGGGCCAAGCAGAUGUCCAGCCUUAUCCCUCUGUGUCAUAACAUAUCUUUAUCCUCUGUGGCUGUGGACUCUGCUCUCAACUGUGUGAUUAUAACUGGCAUGGCAAAGUGUAGAGGGCAGACGGGCAUGGAGAUGAAAGCUCUCACUGCUGUAUCGGUGUCUGCCUUAACAGUGUACGAUAUGUGCAAAGCUGUGAGUCAUGACAUUGUGAUAUCUGAACUAAUGCUUCUGGCCAAAAGUGGGGGAACUAGAGGAGACUUCCACCGGACAUGAGCAUCUGUGUGGGUCAGUGAAAUAAGUUAAGUAUACCUGGUGUGAUGUAGGCAAAUUUCAAAGUCUGUUCGUAGUUAUCAUAAAUUAUAUACACAUCGAAUUGGCCUGAAUAUAAGUUGCACCUUUAAUUUCGAAAAAGAGAGAAACUUAAUUAAAAAUAAUUUGUCAAGUUGCCCAUUUACAAAAGCUUUUCAAAAUGUGAUUUACCCUUAACCACUUUUUUUGUAGUACACUGUAGAUAAAUUACACACAAAAACAAAGCUUUCAGUUGCAGUUUUCAUGUAAG